AUGUGCUACAGAUAUAGCUUCAGCUUCGCCCUGAUCGCACUCCUGCUUUUGGCAGCUGGAGUGUUUGGAGCUCCCUCGGACGUCCUGGUGGAGAAGGCGGAGGACCCCAGUGUCCCGAAGCCCCAGCCAGAUGGCGAUCUGAAGGUCCCGGAGGUCUGCCACCAGCCCAUUAUAGUCGGUCACUGCCACGCCCUCAUCUACCGGUUCGCCUACAACGUGGACACCCAGUCCUGUGAGGUGUUCACCUACGGGGGCUGUGGCGGCAACAAGAACAACUUCGAUACCAAGGACCUGUGCGAGCAGGCCUGCCUGGGAAAGUCCGGAGUCGCGGAGUCCACCCCCGAGCAGAUCAACGAACUCUCCAACGAAUCGAGCAUGAGUGACUAG